AGUAUGACUAGCCGAAUCACCUUCGAUAGAGCUAGCCAUUUGUCCUUUGUAGUCAUCGAGCAACCACUGAAUUGGAUGGUGGGGUGUCAAUGGUGAGCACUUGAAGAUCAUUUCAUUCGCCAGUCUCCAUGCGUCUGACGACGGCGCAGAGACCCACUUGGAGGGUUUAAUAUGGGGAGCGAGAGAGAGAGAGAGAUCGAGAGCGAGAGUGCAGAGAUGAGGGAGGGCAACGUGGUGCUAUUCCCGUUCUUGGCGCACGGCCACAUGAACCCUUUCCUUGACCUCGCUCGCCUGCUCUCCGCCCGCUACCCUCACCUCACCCUCACCCUCGUCACGACCUCCGGCAACCUCGCUGGCUUCCGCCGCCUCCAGCUACCUACCUCCAUCCGCCUCGUCGCCCUUCCCUUCUGCCCCUCUGAUCACGGACUCCCUCCCGACGCCGAUACCUCCUUCGCUCUCCCGCCACACCUCGUAACCCACCUGAACCACGUUAUCGAGGGAUGCCUCCUCCCCUCCUUCCGCCGCCUCCUCUCCGACUUGAUCUUCGCUGCCUCCCCUCCCGUAAUCUGCGUCAUCGCCGACAUGUUCCUCGGCUGGACGGCCCCGGUGGCCAAAGAGCUUGGCGUCUUCCACGCCACCCUCUACACCUCCGGCCCUUAUGCCAUGUCCAUCUAUUAUUCCAUUUGGAUUAACCUUCCGCACGUUGAUGGGAGCGACGGCGAAGACGAUGAGAUUGCCGUCCCGGGUGUCCCCGGCGUCACCGUGCGCCGCCGCCAGCUGACGCCCAACAUGCGCUCCGCCAGAUCACCCGACCACAAGGGCGCCGCCUUUGUCCGCCGCCAGGCAGUGCUCUGCAGCAGCUCCGGCGCCACCCUCUGGAACACUGCCGAGGUCCUCGAGAAGCCGUUCCUCGACGCCUGGGCCAGGUCAACCGGCCAGCCGGUCUACGCCGUGGGUCCCCUCUUCGCCGCCGCCGGUCGAGUAGCAAGAGGCGACGGCGGGCUCGCUGCGGAGUGCCUCGCGUGGCUGGACCGCCACGUUUCAGCGUCCGUGGUCUACGUGUCGUUUGGGUCACAGAACCGCUUGCCGGCGGAGGAGGCGGCGGAGCUAGCGGCAGCGUUGGAGGAGCAAGGAAGACCGUUCCUGUGGGCAGCCCCAGCGCCUGACCAGGCCCCGCCGCCACCACCUGAUGGGAAGAGCGAGUGGACGUCGGGACUGGUGGCGCGGGGUUGGGUCCCGCAGGUGGAUAUCCUGAGGCAUGCGGCGGUGGGCGCGUUCGUGAGCCACGGGGGGUGGAACUCGACGCUGGAGAGCCUCCGGUUCGGGGUGCCGGUGGUGGUGAGACCGAUGGGAGGCGAGCAGUUCUGCAACGCGAAGCUGGUGGCGGAGGUGCUGGGGGCGGGGGCGGAGGCGGUGGGGGGCAGGGAGGUGGCGGAGGCGGUGGCGGAGGUGAUGGGGGCGGGCGAGAGGGCGAGGGAAGUGAGGCGGAGGGCGAAGGAGAUCGCGGAGGGUCUAGCGGCAGCAGUGGAGGGCGGCGGCAGCGGGGGCCAGGGGGCGUCCCUGACGGCGUUGGACGAGUUCGUGAAUUCGGCGACAAGUCGCGUCACGUGUGGAGCAGCAGUGGGAGUCGAUGUCUAAUUUGAAACGUGUCCUCAUGCACGUGGGGUCCACCGUCCUUUUUCUGUGAAUCGACAAGACAGCGAGGGUAUCUGUUGUCUUUUAAUUUCUAUAGCCUCUUUUCUUGCCUCGGGUUGUCAGACUAAUGAGGGUAUCGACCCUAAUAAUCGAAAACGCGUGUCUGCA